UGAGAGAGGGAGUGAAACCGCAUUUUUGUUCAUUUGCAUUAAGAUAAUACGAUAAUACGUAAAAAAGAAUAUAUAUUAAUUAUUUCUCUCUGCAUAAACCUGCAAACUCGCUCGGUAAAACAUGCCUUUCUUAAGUGAUGACUGAAUAGUUUUACUGUUUAUUUAGUUUUUCAGUGACUGACCCUAUGUCAACAAUGCAAUUACCGAUAAUAAUCCGGAUGUCAAGUUUUUUUAUGUGUGGUUUUUCUGUUAUGUGUGUUUAACACUAUGGCGUGUUGUCCCGUCCGUUGCAUUCUUUUAACAACAUGCGCUGUGCAACUAGCGGCGACUGUUCAACGACAGAUCUUGGAUUUUCUGGGGUACAUGUGGACUCCUAUUAUAGUCAAUUUUAUUCAGAUAAUCAUUGUCAUUCUAGGGAUUUUUGGAGCAUAUCAAUAUAAAAUAAGAUACAUAUCUUGUUAUGCAAUAUGGACAUCUCUUUGGUUAGGAUGGAACAUAUUUGUUAUUUGUAUAUAUUUUGAAGCUGGCAUUUUAACAAGAGAUACUCACAUUCUUAACAUGGGUACUGGCAGCCGUAGUUGGUGGUUAGUGAAUGGAGCAGGCUGCAUACCAAUAUACAAUUCUUCUCAUGAUGAUCCUUUAAUGUUUCCUACUCCAACUACUGUUGAAGGAUGCGUCAUAGAAUAUUUUUAUAUUGAAGCUAUACAAGCAUCUGUACAAUGUUUUCUUGCAGUAAGUAUAGCAUUUAAAAUUUUUAUUUAA